AUGAGCGCGUCGGGUUUUCAGUCGCGGGAGGAGGCGCGUCGGGGGCGGGAGCUGGAGGAAGCAAGAAGAACAGGAGCAGCAGGAGCAGCAGCAGCAGCAGCAGCAGCAGCAGCAGCAGUUGAUGCAGCAGGAAAAGAAAUAAAUCCGCACAUUCCGCAGUACAUUUCGCGAGCUCCUUGGUACUUGAACCAGCAGCAGCCGGGGCUGCAGCACCAGCGCUUCGUGGAGCGCAGCAGCAGCAGCAUCAGCAGCAGCAGCAGCAGCAGCAGCAGCAAACGCGGACUCGUCCCCGAGACUGCAGCAAACAAGAAGCUGCGCUGGAGCAAAGGCAGCUGCAAGAACUGCGGCAGCAAAACUCACCAGGAGAAGUGCUGCACUGAGCGGCCUCGGGCCAUUAAAGCAGCAUAUAGUCAGCAGCAGCUAGCAGCAGACGAGCUGCUGCAGCAGCAGCAGCAGCAGCAGCAGCAAAUCGCUUAUGACGCCAAGAGAGACCGCUAUAAUGACUACACUGGAGAGGACUAUUUGCUGCUGCUGCGGGAGCACGAGAACGCGCAGGCGGAGCGCCGCCGCAGGAAGCAGCAGGAGCAGCAGCAGCUGCUGCAGCAGCAGCAGCAGCAGCCCGCGGCGCAGCAGCAGCAGCAGCGCCGCCUGCAGCGCGAGGAGCGCCGCCGCAAGAAGCAGCAGCAGCGCGAAGCCAAAAAAGCCGCAGCAGCAGCAGCAGCAGCAGCAGCAGCAGCAGCAGCGGGCGAAGCGGGCGAUCUCGGCUCCCCGGAAGCCCCAGAAGCCGGCGCUUCGCCCACCGCAGCAGCAGCAGCAGCAGCAGCAGCAGCAGCAGCAGCAGCAGCAGCAGCAGCAAGCGAAACCGACACUGACACGGACUCAGAGUCCGGAGACGAAGACGUGAAGCUCGCGGACUUCGACAAAACUUCAGCUCCUGUUGCAUGCAAAGACGCGCGCAGCAGAGCCGUCACCAGGGACUUGAGAAUAAGAGAAGACACCGCAAAGUAUUUAUUAAAUCUGGAGUUGGGAUCGGCUUUUUACGAUCCCAAAAGUCGAUCCCUGCGAGACGAUCCCUUCAAGGGUUUGCCGCAGGGCCCCACAGCUGCUUUCCGCGGCGACAACGCGCUCCUCCGAGCCGGAGAGGUCAAGGCCACGCAGCAGCUCCAGCUCUUCGCUUGGGAGGCGUACAAACACGGCCAAAACGUCCACUUCAACGCGCAGCCCACGCAGCUCGAGUUCCUCUACAAAGAACACCAAAAGAAAAAAGCCGAGUUGGAAAUUAAAAAACAAAACAGCAUUUUCGAAACUUACGGAGGCAAAGAACACCUCCAAAACGACCCCAGAGUCCUUUACGCCCAAACGGAAGAAUACGUCGAAUACUCCCGAGAUGGCCGGUGGGAUUUUUUUUUCUUUUUUUCUUUUUUUGAUCUUUUUUUGAUCUUUUUUUGA